UUUUCUAACUUUGACAGUUGGGCCGAUGUUUUGGGCGAACGCUCGUGUAUUAGCAAAAUAAACAGAAAUGGCUUUAGACUUUUCAGCCACAUAUAAGCUUCUAGUCUUAGGGGAUUCUAAUGUAGGCAAGACUUGUAUUGUGCACAGAUAUUGUGACGAGAGAUACUACGAUAUUUACAUAUCCACGAUAGGUAUAGAUUUCAAACAAAAGAUUAUAAAUUUGGACGGGGUGCCCAUAAAGCUUCAGAUAUGGGACACUGCCGGACAGGAGAGAUUCCGGACGUUGACCACAGCCUACUAUCGGGGCGCCAUGGGCAUAAUACUCAUGUAUGACGUCACCAAUCUUGAAUCAUUUAACCAUUUAUCGUAUUGGCUGAGGAAUAUUCAAGAGUAUGCUUCGCCGGAUGUUAUAAAAGUGUUAGUUGGCAACAAAUGCGACGUGCACGAAAACCAUCGAGCAGUACCCAAAGAACGGGGUCAAAAGAUUGCUGACGAUUUCGACAUGCCGUUCUUCGAGGUCUCCUGUAAGAAUGACAUCAAUAUUGAGGAAGCGUUUUUGACUUUAGCAAGAAAAAUUAGGGAAUAUAGAGACAACAAGGCGGAUGCCUUCGAGCUGAAGGAAAGAGACAGUGUGAUAAAACCAUCAGAUUCCGAGACAGACGUAUCAAAAUGUUCUUGUUAAUCUAGUUUAAAUACAUAUUUCUUUAAAAGAACUGCAAAUUGCAGCGACCAAGUUCAAGAUACUAUUCUACGAUAUUCUAAGGCCCACUUGCACCAUCCCACUAACCCGGGGUUAACGGUUUAACCGGUUAACCUAGGAUUAGUGGGAUGGUGCAAGUAGCGCUUUGUGCCAUUUUUCAACCAAAUAUUGUCGGUUAUUGUCGGUUGUCAAGAGGGCGCUAUUUUCAUAUAGCUGCAAUUUGAAAUCGACCUCAUUGACAACCGACAAUGUGGUACCUUUUGGUUGGAAACGUCACAUUUAGUUAACCAUAUUUACUCCAAACAGAAGAAUAUCAAUAUAUUAUUAUGUUAGUGAAUGUAAACAGAAACGGAACUCUAUUUAGAUCUUGCUCGGUUGCAAUCACGUUCGAGUUAUGUAUGCUUUAACUUAAGUACUGACUUUUUGUUUCACUCCAUUAGGCAAAACCAGGGGAUGGUGAUAAUACAGUCUGUAUUUAAUAUUGCCAACAUUAUUGUGCGACUUGACAAAGUCUAUUGCGCUGGAUAGGUCCCUGACCUACAAGAAACAUCUGUACAAGUCUCGCAACGAGAAAUAAUCUUCUCCAUAAACUCUGUGGCACCAGCUUACGCACAUCAGUAUCUCGAAACCCACCCUAUGCUGUAGCGCCAAGCCUAAAUACUUUUAACAUCUCGGGCAGGUGGAAACCUGAAUGGUCUACUGCCACAGCUGAAAAAGACGCUCCGUAUCUCACAGACCCGACGAGAAAACCAAAAGGGUUUCAUCUACCUCGUAAGAUCUGGUGUCGUCUGAAUAGGUUGAGAACCGGUCAUGGCCGCUGUAAUUAUUUUCAACAUAUGUGGGGUUGGAAGCAGUCUCCCCUCUGCGAGUGCGGCGAAGAAGAUCAAACCACUGAGCACAUAUUUCGGCGCUGCCCGCUUCACUCCUAUCCUGGCCCAACUGAGGACCUGGAUCCCCUUACACCCGUCAUAGUUACCUGGCUCAACAACUUCAAAGCUGUACUCUGAUUGCCUAAAUGCAUGCCAUACGAUUAAAUAAUAGUCUAUUGCGAAUAAAAUUAUACUAUGUAGGAAAGGAAAUUAAAAAGAAAUAUAUGUAAGUAUACCUAAGAAGGUAAUCAUUGAAAGUUCCCGAAAUAAUUCCUGGUGAUCUGGAAAAUAUAAAAGGCAAGGGCGGACAGUGCAGAUGGUCAGAGCUUCUGCGUAAGAUAAUAGUUACGUAGGAGAUUAGUAGGUCUAGGCAAUACGUUCCUAAGGGGGUCUUAGUGAUCCACAGCAGAACCAGACCCGACUCACGUUGCUGGUAAAAUGAUCGUGACAACUAAAGUUUUAGAAUGACAAUCACGUGCCGGAAAACGCCACGGAUGAUGACAAGAUGAAGAGACAAUGUGAUGGCGCGAGAAUACGCUUGAUGAUGCCGGCAUAAUUAAGGUACUUUCAAAGUAAACUAUGGCAAGACUCGCAGUUUACAUUCUAAUGAUAAUAGGUAAAGAGUUUAGUGUUCGCUUAGCGCGUAUUAUCUUCUACUAGCUGUGCUACCUUGCGAGAGUUGCGAGUGACACCCUUCGCACGCGUAUGCAUGAUUGCAUGCACCGUCUAGUGAAGGAGGUCAGUAUUAUUAAAUAAAUAAACUACCGUAAUGUCUAUACAUUACAACGUUUUGCGUGUGGUUUAAUAGUUUACAUUGCUGUAGGUAUAAUUCUCUAAGGUGAAAUGCAGUUAGGUUAUCAUACUCAUGAUAACAGGUAGAGCUUUUUACGUUCUUAUUUUCGUAAGUGUUUGUUAUUUCGUUAGCAAGAUGGCUCCUUAGGUUAAAGGUACGUAGAUAAUAACACAAUUUAGGUUCCGAAACAACCAGUACUAUUGUACUUAGUUGCUAAUAUGACGAACCUAAUGAAGUUGUUUUUUUGAAAUACAAUUUUUUUUCUAUUGUUUUUAAGGACCUUAGUUACAAAGGUAUACAUAGCUAUCUUCAGCGGUGAAAUUAGAUGUCUUAAAGAAUCAUACACGCACACGUAGGUUACUACUAACUACCUACUACUUAGGUUACUACUUCAAGAAUUUGUCACAAAGUCGGAGCGGUCAAACCCGAUAAGUCGAGUAGAUAAUUAGAUAUAUAGAUUUUUGAAAUAAGUAUAGCCACCAUCAAUUCUCUAAUAGCCUUACAAAAAUAGAUAAGUCUCUAUAUGUAAAUACAAUAAUAUUACUGUGGCAGUUACUUUUGAACGCGGCGGCUUUUGUUAUGGCGGAAGAUACCUACACUACAAUGGUGCGUUGUUCAUAUGCAAAUUUUGACGCUCAGCUGACUGUACUACACGUGACGUAGAAGUUAUCUCGAUUUAUGGGGGAUUAGAUGACUCCUCGAAUUUAUUUGGUACUUAAGAGACUAACGGCGACUGUUGUUUAAAUGUAAGAAAAAUAAAAACAAGUAGGGAGCAAUUGCCAACCAAGGAAUAAAAAUGUAAGAUGGCUUAUAUAUUGGUGUUUCUUAUUCGUAGUUAUG